AAAAUCCCCAAACAAAACACAUUCAAACUAAAUAGUGUGUUAAAGAGUAGGACAUAAAAUGUAAGAGAAGGGUAAAAAAUGAUCCUAAAAUAAAAGGUCCAUUUGUUGGGAAAUUAGAAACGUGAAGGGGAAGAUGGUAUCAGUGUCAUUAUCUCAUCAUAAUCUCUGGCCACCGGAAUCUGGAUCUACGGCGUUUCGUGGUUUCGCAACCGCCGCUUCCGUACACGCCUGCCACCAUGUUAGCCGUCACCUCCGCCUUGAUUUCCAUCUUCGCUCUUCCCUUAAGAAACUGCAGCAUUUUUCUGAUGAUGCAAGAAUGAAGUUUGCAAGAUACCAAAGAGUAUUUGUAUUCAAUGGGGCUAAUUUUCUCAAGUCUAGAGUUGAUAUCCGGUUGUCCCAAUCUUCGCCAUUUGUAUGUUUCUUUAAUGGUGGAGAGAGUAGAUUAAACCCUAGAGGUGGUGAGGAAGGAUCAUCGAACCCGGAGACUUCCAAGAGAAACACAGUUAACGGACGGAGAUGGACCAAUGUCCUUCUUGCCAUUAACGUUAUAAUGUAUAUUGCACAAAUUGCAUCCGAUGGGAAGGUCCUGACAUGGGGAGCCAAGAUAAACAGUUUAAUCGAAAGAGGUCAGCUAUGGAGACUGGCUACAGCUUCUGUUCUUCAUGCGAAUCCUAUGCAUCUCAUGAUAAAUUGCUAUUCUUUGAAUUCUAUUGGACCAACUGCUGAGAGUUUAGGUGGCCCAAAGAGAUUUCUUGCUGUUUACUUGACAUCCGCAGUUGCAAGUUCAGCAAUGAGCUACUGGUUCAACAAAGCGCCAUCAGUUGGUGCUUCAGGUGCAAUAUUCGGAUUGGUUGGCUCGGUAGCUGUAUUUGUUAUAAGACACAAACAGAUGGUCAGAGGUGGCAAUGAGGAUCUAAUGCAGAUAGCUCAAAUUAUUGCCCUAAACAUGGCAAUGGGUCUAAUGUCCAGACGUAUAGAUAACUGGGGACAUAUUGGUGGCUUACUUGGUGGAACCGCAAUGACAUGGCUUCUUGGACCACAGUGGAAGUAUGAAUAUACAACAAGAGACGGUCGGAGAGUCUUCAUGGACAGUGCUCCUAUUCCUCUCCUUUUGCGGUGGAGAAAUGAACAGCGACGGCUUUGAUUCAAGACCAACGAAGCUGAACAUUUUCUCUCUCAAUGCCGUGUGAAUAUAGGAAAUGAAUGUAUCUUGAAAGAUUCGAUCCUUGAUCAAAGUAGUAGCUUAUUGUAUUACAGAAAUGCAAUUGUACUACUAAAUAAUUGUUGUUUUUGUCGUAAAUUUCUUUUAUAAGAGCCAACUUAGGAUUAAUUGGUCAACUGGCACACAUCGGAAUACAUUGUUCAAAGUUCAAACCAUAUAGAAGAAGAAAAAACCAAGCAAAAGAAGAAAGUUUUGUUUGCUGUACAAGCUGAUGAUGAUGGUGUUCAACUGUUCAUUGAUGAUGAUGAUGAUGAUGCUCAUGAUGU